AUGGAGUCCGAGGGAAUCCAUGAGUCCCCUUCGGUCUUGGAGCGCACCGUUGUUACCCCACAAAAUGUCCUCAAGUACUCCUCCUCCGGCUCCAGUGCAGAUGGUGGUAAUGGCUCCAAGAACGGGAAUGCGUGGGCGUUGGAACUCAUGGACACGACCAGCCACCCGGCGAGCGGCGGCGGGGAGGAGGAGGAUGUUCCUAUAUUCAGCAUGGAGAUGGAGGGCGAAGAGGAGAAGGGGGCCGCCGGCGGGUCGUCUUCCCGGAUCUGCAAGUACAUGCGGCUCAACCCCCGGCAGUUUGGCUGGCUGGAAGCAGCCUUUGAGCAAUGCCCCUUCCUAGACAAGAGGACGACGGAGGACUUGGCUAAGAGACUCAAGGUGUCGCCGAGGCAAGUGCAAGUCUGGUUCGCGAACCGCAGGUGUCGGUUGAAGAACCUGCUCAGGCAGACCGAGAUCCAGCGCGAUCAAUAUAAGCAGCAAGUCAGCUCACUGACUGAGGAAAAGCGCUGCCUCGAGAGCGAGCUUGCGAAGCUCAAGGCAACGCCUAUGGCGCCUCCGCCACCAGCAGAGCCCGUUUUGCUCCCGGUCCCGGGGCCGGUUAAGGCAUUUGUAGAACUGUGCCACGACUGCGGGCUCACCUUCAAAACCAUGGCAGCCGCGCCUGUGUUGCCCCCGGUCCCGGGGACGGUUCAGGCAUCUGUAGGACUGUGCCACGACUGCAGGCUCACCUACAGAACCAUGGCAGCCUCGGCAGUUUCCCUUGCACAGCCGCAGGGCGGUGCUAGUGCUACUACUAGCACUCCGCCGCCGCCUUCCUCUGCCGCCGCCGGCUCCACCUGA